AUGCCUGUGUGGCCAAAGCAGAUAUGCGCAGCUCAGGGAGACUAUCUAAGUUUGUCUUGUCUUGUUUCCGCUCCCACCUCCAUGUUGAGCUGUCGACUUCUUGUCGCAUGCCAGGUGUGCGCGUACACCACCUUGGGCCUUGGACUCCCAUUCAUGGACCAUGGGCGCACUGACCAGGGGGACAAUGAGCAGGACCAGGAUCAGCGGCGGCCCAAGGACUGGGGCACCCUUCCGCCCCACCUGCUGGACCGCGUCAAGGACGUCCUGGAGCAGAACUACGAGGGCGGAUGCCAGGUCAUCAAGGUCGCCCGCCUGGUCAACCGCCACUGGCACGCCUGGGCGGUGCAGGCGGCCACGUUCCUGUCUCCCAACGGAGGCAGCACCCUCAGCGUGCUGACGGAGAUGAUCGCGGCCAAGUUCGCGCGCGUGGAGGGCCUCAGCCUCCGGGAGCGGCUAAAAUUCUCGGGAUGCGACCUGGCGGCCCUGGAGCGCAUCCGGGCCCUCCAGCGCCUGGACUUGGAGGGGGCCUCGCAGAUCAACAACGUGGGGCUGCAGUGCCUGGGGAGGCUGACCGGGCUCACCCAAGUCGGCCUGCACGGCUGCCGGGACGUCACCGACGCCGGCGUGCGCAGCCUGACGACCCUGACGCGCCUGCGGCGGCUGCGCAUGUCGGAGUGCGAGCGCGUGACCGACGCGGGGCUGCAGUGUCUGCAGCGGCUGUCGGGGCUGAUGGAGCUGGAGCUGGUCGGCGGCGGGCGGAUCACGGACGUUGGCCUGGCCCACGUGGCGUGCCUGCCGGGCCUCGAGCGCCUCAACCUGACAUCGUGCAAGAGGAUAGCCGGCGGGGGACUGCGGCAUUUAGUCAGACUCACGCGGCUGGCGCACCUGUGCCUCAACGGCUGCAAGAAGGUGAAGAACGCCAGUAUCGAGCACCUGGGCGGCCUGUCCUCGCUCACCCAUUUGGAGGUGGCCUCUUGCGAGCACAUCACAGACGAGGGGCUGGAAGAACUGGGGCGGCUGGCGGGACUGGUGCACCUGGGGCUGCAGGGCUGCAAGCGGAUCACCAACGAGGGACUGGAGUCCCUGUGGGGCAUCAAGUCGCUGGAGCACCUGGACCUGGGCUUCUGCAAGAACGUCACCGACCGGGGUCUGGAGCAGCUCGGCUGCCUGCGGCGGAUGGCCGUGCUGGACCUGCACGGCUGCGACAGCAUCACGGACGCCGGCCUGUGCUGCCUGCGCAAGCUGAAGCGCCUGACGGGGCUGGACCUCCGGGGGUGCGUGCACGUCACGGAUGUCGGCAUGGAGGUGCUGGGCACGAUGACGGGCCUCAGGCGGCUGGACCUCACCGGAUGCAGGACGGUGACGGAUGAAGGGCUGGCGUUUUUGGGCCAGCUGACGCGGCUGGUGGUGCUGAGCCUGCACGGGUGCAAGCGGGUGAGCGACGGCGGGCUGGCGACCUGGGAGCGGCUGACCAACCUGGCGGAGCUGGACCUGCAGGGCUGCGUGCGGGUCACUAACGUGGGGCUGCAGUUCCUGGCGGGGCUGCCGUCGCUGAGGAAGCUGGAGCUGACGUGGAGGGACGGUGUGACGGACGUGGGGCUGGAGAGCCUGCUGCGGAGGUCCAUCGUCGUCAACUACGUGCACUGA